AUGAUACGAAAUAAUCUUCGUCGAAACAGACCCCAAGCCGGUGAUGGAUAUUUUAAAAAACUUCACGUUGGAGAAUUUUCGAAUAAUUUAUCAGUUUUAUCUAAAAAGAAAGGUCCAGCAAAAACUCGAUGGCUUCGAGGCAUAGCAGCACAUUUACAACAAGUCAUUUUACGGGCAACAGCUGAUCGCGCAAAAGGAGAAAAACGUAUUGGAAAAAUAUCGCUCUCUAACACUGCUGUUGUAGCAGCAUUGGAAAACAUCGGUAUCAAGAAUAAAUGGAUAGAAUGUCCUACUUUAAUUGAAAUGCUUCACUUAGACACGUGCUUCAUCAAAGGUGAUUAUCUUCAAAAAUCGAACCGAUUAGAAUUUAAACAUUUUGAAAAAGUAUGUUAUUAUUUUGAUAGUAAGAACAUAUCUCGACAAACAGGAAUAGCGCAUUUUUUGUAUUUUCGUCUUUUGAAAGAAACUGUUCUAGCAUCUCAUAUUAAUUAA